AUGUCUGAAAACGACCCAACCACUGUUCUUGAUAACGACAACCAGAGCGACACCGGCUCCGUCGAAGACGUCGAGCCCACGGGAACUCUCGGCGGUCGCAAAGGUAGAGGUGGCAAAGGCGUGAUCCCUAAGAAAGAAGCGAAAGAGCUCAUCGGCGAGGCUGGCAAGGCCGGGGGCCGCGAAGCCACUAAAGCCAACGAGAAAGAACCCAGCUUGAAGAUCAACAUUGAGUUGGAUUUAAACGUGCAUGUUGAGCUGGACGCGCAUUUGGAAGGAUGGAUCAAAAUUGCUUUCUAUGUCCAUGCACUGCCAGCAGAUCAUCGUCAUGUUAUAAUAGCGUAG